AUGUCCGUCCAUAAUCAGAACAGGCGGCCCUUCAAUCCAGCACUUCUCCCCUUUUUCAGCCCUCAGGCUAUUCUCCAAGAACUUUCGGAGAGUAAGAAGAGCUUUCUUCUGCGGCUUCCAACUGCCUACCUCCAAACCUCCAACAGCUCCCAAAAAAACAACCUUAUUGGCAAUAUUUCUAUUGGCAUGGAGCUCGAGAUGAUUAUUGUCAAUCUUACUCAAGCGACCUUGGGUCAACUGGCUAUGGAGGAGACAACUAUCUUUGAAGUUGUCAGCGACGCCAUGAACGCAGCGUCGAUCCAGACAGAUGUCUGGACCCAGUUUACUGGGAGUUACCCGAACCGUAAACGGUUCAUUGUCACUGACGAAAAGUCAGUCAGUGACAGUAUCUAUGACGAGGACGUGGGGGAGGAAAUCCCAGGAUACGUCGUCGAAAUUUGCACACCAAUCCUUCGCAAUCGAUCGUGGAAAUACAUCAUCCCCACGGUGAUGGAGCAUCUCGGGGCAAGCUUCGAUUGCCGCUUCAACUUCACGACUGGCCUCCAUGUCCAUGUUGGAUACGGAGAAGGUUGGGGCCUGGACCACCUCAAAAAGAUAGCAAAGGCUAUUGUGAUUUUCGAGUCCUCGAUGGACAAAUACCAUCCCGCCCACCGCCAGGCGGGAAAAAACUGGUGUCUCUCCAGCAACCGCCAUGGCGACAAUCUCUCCAGCUACACCAAGCUCGAAGCUAUCGAGCUUCUCGAAAACGCUCUCACACAGCGUGAGCUCCUCGACCUUAUCGGCCCCCACAAAUUUUUCAAGUACAAUUUGAAUGCGGUCAAGACCCAUGGAACCGUGGAGUUUAGGCAGGGAGACGCAGCAGUCACUGGAGAAAUGGCAGUUGAUUGGAUCGACAGAGUGGUCGGGUUCGUGGAGAGGGCCAUAAUCACUGACCACUCCUCGUUCCAAGGAUUUGCAAGGUCGGAGGACCCAAGGCACUCCUGCUCAAAGAAGAUCUUUGAGGAGUUUGGGGUGCCUUGGGUCGAGAGGAGGAGAAUUAAACCGAGAAAGGUUCCUAUGCGAGCCAGGCUCGAUAUGAAGCGAAGAAGGGUGUUCUUUGGAAGUAAGAACUGGUAG